UACAGUGUUUAGAGCGCCGCAUGAGAGGGGGACUGGGUUCAUAUGAGAGGGCGCUGCAGAGCUUCUGUCGCGGCUGCUAUUGUUAGCCGUCUAACUUAACAUCUGCUGUGAUUUAAGUGGAAUUAAAUGACAAAGGCAAAAUGCUUUCUCGCUUACUAAAAGAGCAUCAAGCCAAGCAGAACGAACGGAAAGAAUUGCAAGAGCGGCGCAGACGAGAUGCAAUAGCAGCUGCCACCUGUUUGACCGAGGCGUUGGUGGACCACCUAAAUGUUGGGGUGGCCCAGGCCUACGUCAACCAGCGGAAGCUAGACCAUGAGGUGAAGACGCUGCAGGUGCAGGCCAGCCAGUUCGCUAAGCAGACGGCGCAGUGGAUCAGCAUGGUCGAGGGCUUCAACCAGGCCCUCAAGGAGAUUGGAGACGUGGAGAAUUGGGCACGCAGCAUCGAGAUGGACAUGCGCACCAUCGCCACAGCAUUAGAGUACGUGCACAAGGGACACCUACAGGCUGCCUCCUCUUAGCCCUGCCCACCUCUGCUGAUAGGCUGACACACAGCAGGGGGAGUGGCCAGGGCCCUCUCCAGGAUGUUGUGCCACUAUGAACGCCUGUGCACUGGGACAUGAAUGGCUUUUUGGUUCUGUGGUAGGUUGUGAUGUAGGAGGGCUGGCAAAAAGCUUAUUCCUGUGUUGGAAAAACUGGCUGCCCCCAUGCUAUGAUAAACCAGGCUUUAAGUCAGAAUGGGGUUUUUCCACUGGAUGAUCUGGGGUGGAGUAGAAUGAAUGUAUGGAUUAUGUAACGUC